GAGGCAGUCUCGGCCCUCCCCGUCGCCAGGUCUAUAAAGUGCGGAGCGCUCCCACGGGCGGCCAAUGCGCGGCGAGCAGCGCCCGGCUCCCGCUGCGAACGGUGCGUGUCCGUCUGUCCGUCCGUCCAUCAGUGUGUUGCCUGCAGGCGUGAGGGACGUCAAGGCGGCCAUGAGGCUCCCGCUGGCUUUCACCGUGCUGCUGCUGGCCUCGGCACAGGCACUGGCCGACGAGAUGGCUGCUCCCGAUGACCUCAGCUACUGGGCAGACUGGGCCGACGGCGAGCAGAAGGAGGAGCUGCCACUGCCCCUGGAGCACUUUCUGCAGAGGAUGGCAAGGAGACCCCGGCCCCAGCAGUUCUUUGGCCUCAUGGGCAAGCGGGAUGCGGGAUAUGGCCAGAUCUCUCACAAAAGGCAUAAAACAGACUCCUUUGUUGGACUUAUGGGCAAAAGAUCUUUAAAUUCCGGAUCCUCUGAAAGGAGCAUAGCACAGAAUUACGAGCGAAGGCGUAAAUGAGACACUCCUGUGCGUUAUUUAUUAAACUUCGUUUGUUCCAAUGGCCGAUGCAGUGUAACAUAAACUAACCACCGUAUGGAAUAAUUAUUUAUUUAAUGAUAAUAAAUGGUUUUGUGUUGGGUUUUUUUUUUUUUUGAAGUUUUUUGGUUUUUUUUUUUUUUUUUUUGAGUUAGGCAUUCAAUGAGAUGAUUAUUUUUCAUAUAGUGGCAGCGAUCCGUGUUGCGUAGGAGCGUUGGGUGCUGGAAGGACAGCUCCUUCAGGGCCAACGACCUCGGUGACGUCUCACAACAAAGCACAUCGUUCAAUAUGACCUGUAGAGUUAUGUUCACCAAACAGAGAAAAGGUUCUUUUUGUUCAUCCGAAGUGAGUCUGUAUCAGCUUCACAACCAUGCAGAACAGAGCUGAUGUACAGUCUAGUGCCUCGAUUUGUUUUCAUGGUUUAUAAUGUACUGUAAUUUCUGUAUCAAAAUAUAUUUGUAUCAUUGCAGCAUGUUUUACGUUUUCUGACUACACAUCUAUAUAUUUUAAAAAGGUGGGAGGGGUAAGGUUUGAAUGUGAAUCCGAGGUCUUCAUUUCGUAGCUUGGAAUUUUAUGAUAGUAACAUUUUAAAUAAAAUCUACUCUGGGGAUUUUGCAACAUA